GCAGCGCGCAGGCAGGCGAGUCCUGGCUUCGGUCCUGGGGACAAACGAGACGCCAAAAAUAAGAAGCGGCGAAGGGGACGAUCAAACCGCGAGAGGGAGGGGGAGGAGCGGAGGAGGCGGCUUCGACUCGCGCCGCGGUCCGGCCGGGGGUAUGGAGGCGAACGGGCGCGGGGACAAUGACGCCGCGCGGGCGCCGCUGCUCGCGGGGCGGCGGCGGAACUCGGUGGGGUCGAUGCGCGGGGAGUUCGUGUCGCGGCUGCCCAAGAAGGUGCUCGACGCCGUCGACCCGGAGAGGCCGUCCCACGUCGACUUCUCCCGCUCCAAGGGCCUCCUGGAAGGAGAGAAAGAAUACUACGAGAAACAAUUUGCCACAUUGAGAUCCUUCGAGGAAGUUGACUCUAUAGAAGAAUCCAAUGUAAUAAGUGAAGAAGAAGAGCUCAUGGAGCAAAGACAGAGUGAAUUUGCUAUGAAGAUAUCAAAUUAUGCAAAUGUUGUUCUCUUGGCAUUGAAGAUAUAUGCCACAGUGAAAAGUGGGUCAAUUGCUAUUGCUGCAUCAACACUUGAUUCAUUGCUCGACCUCAUGGCUGGUGGUAUCCUUUGGUUCACACAUCUCUCAAUGAAGAGCAUCAACGUCUACAAGUAUCCCAUUGGUAAAUUGAGGGUGCAACCAGUAGGCAUUAUCAUCUUCGCAGCCGUUAUGGCUACUUUAGGAUUCCAAGUAUUUCUUCAAGCAGUUGAAAAGCUGGUAGUGAACGUGACUCCAGAUAAAUUGACCCCACCACAACUCAUGUGGCUAUAUUCAAUCAUGAUCUUUGCAACAGUAGUUAAGCUAGCCCUGUGGUUCUACUGCCGGACAUCUGGUAACAACAUAGUCCGCGCCUAUGCUAAGGAUCAUUAUUUUGAUGUGGUCACAAAUGUUGUUGGUUUGGCUGCUGCUGUUCUUGGUGACAUGUUCUACUGGUGGAUCGACCCAGUUGGUGCAAUCAUCCUUGCAGUCUAUACAAUUACAAACUGGUCUGGAACAGUGUGGGAAAAUGCAGUAUCACUAGUAGGUGAAUCAGCUCCCCCGGAAAUGCUGCAGAAGUUGACAUACCUAGCCAUCAGACAUGACCCUCAAAUUAAGCGUGUUGAUACAGUUCGGGCAUACACCUUUGGAGUGCUUUACUUUGUUGAGGUCGAUAUUGAGCUCCCGGAGGACUUGCCACUCAAGGAGGCACAUGCAAUUGGAGAAUCACUCCAGAUAAAGAUCGAGGAACUUCCAGAAGUCGAGCGGGCAUUCGUUCACCUUGAUUUUGAGUGUGACCACAAGCCAGAGCAUUCAAUCCUCAGCAAGCUUCCUAGCAGCCAGCCUUGAUUACUAUCCGAAUUCACCGUGGACAACAUGCAGGAUUUGCUGCAGUACUUGAUGUCCUGCGCUAUAUGAAAGGGCUGAAGUCGAGCUAGGCACUGUUGGCCAUCUAAGUGAGAUAAGCACCAGCGUUGGAGACUGUAUAGACUUAUUUUGCAGAGCCCUCUAAGGUCUAAGCGCCCUGUUUCGAGUAAAAGUAGGUUCUUUUUGCAUGUUGAAGCUGUCAUUGUUUGUCUGCCACGAGGGCUGCAAUGUGGAAACGUUUGGCACAAAAAGAAAGCAAGCGAUUUUUGUGUGCUCAAAA